AUGAAGACAACUAUUGGAUUAUCUCCUUUCCAAAUUGUCUAUGGAAAGGCAUGUCACCUUCUAGUGGAGAUGGAACAUCGAGCUUUAUGGGCUUUAAAAUUCUUGAAUUUUGAUCCUUGUGACACUACAGAAAAGAGGAGAAGGAAAAUUAUUGAGCUUGAAGAGAUGCGACUGCAUGCCUAUGAUUCUUCCAAGAAUUACAAAGAAAAGGUGAAAUUUUAUCAUGACAAGAAGCUGGUAAAAAGGGUCUUUAAUCCAGGACAACGGGUGUUGUUGUUCAAUUCACGACUAAAUCUUUUCCCUGGAAAGUUGAAGUCCAAGUGGUAUGGUCCAUUUAUGAUCAAGAAUGUCCUUCCACAUGUCCUUUUGAAAAAAUUUUAA